GGAUAAAUAAAUAAGGAUGAAAACAGGAAAUCCAGUUUUAUGUUAUGAUUCGGAAAUCGGAAUUUCCAAUUUUUGUGAUUUCUAAAUGUGUUUUGUGAUUUUUAAAUGUGAUUUUUGUGACCUUGAUCCCGAAUUAGCGCUCGGCCAGAAGACUGAGAACGAACCAGUAAAAAUCCAAUAUGGCCGCCGAAGGAGCAGUAACAGCAGUUGUCGAGAAUGAAUCAAAAGUGAUUCUUCAGCCGACAUUAAACGAAAAACUUCGAGAAAUAGGACACCAAGCUAUCUGGUCUUUAUCCUCCUGCAAGCCGGGCUUCGGCGUGGAGCAAUUACGAGACGGAAACCUCGAUACUUAUUGGCAAAGUGAUGGGCCACAACCUCACCUCGUGAAUGUUAAAUUUCGACGAAAAACACUGGUGCAAAACGUGUGUAUAUUUGUAGAUUACAAAUCGGACGAGAGCUACACGCCUAGUAAGAUUUCCAUCAGAGCUGGGAACAGUUUGGAUAGCUUGAAGCAAAUAGAUAUUGUCGAAUUGGACGAACCGAGCGGUUGGCUUGUUGUGCCAGUUGGGGGAUGCACUGAAAAACCGUUAAAGACUUUUAUGAUUCAAAUUGCGGUCCUAACGAACCAUCAGAAUGGACGAGAUACGCAUAUGAGACAGAUUAAGCUACACGCGCCGCCAAACGAGUUGAUUUCACAGAAAAUGCCCAAUUACACAACUGUCGAAUUUGCGAUGUAUAGUACAAUUAGAUAGAAACUUGUUCGAUAUUUAUUUUAUAUUCGCAGAUGGUGGUUAAUCAGAAAUGUUGACAUUUAUAGUAGCAGGGAUGUUUACAUACCAAUUCCAUUUUGAUGUCACCAAAUUCAAGACUAUUUAUACAAUCUACAUUUAAUGAAAAGAAUGAACAUUUUCUCACUCUGAUAACUGCAGGUUGACCAUCAUCUGCUGAACGAGAGUGCUUCGUGAAAUUCAGAUAUGAAACCAGUUGUACAUAAAGAAUAAAAAAACUAGCACAGUAAUGACCAUGUAUUAUAUGUUCAAUGUAUUGUACCAUUACCAUUUUUGUAAAAAGGUGUACUUGAUUAUUUUGAAAACAACACAAAACACACAAGCAACCCACAGAGGAUUAUGCAUAACUUUAAACGAUCAAUUUCUUGUACCAUUUUUCAAUUUUGUUAAAAGAGCUUUUCAUUAACUGUAAAUUUAACAAACCAUAGGCAGCAACGUUUGUGCAUUUUUCUGGCAUUAGUAAUAUUUGAGCGGGACUGAGAAUCGUGAAAAUAUUAAUGCCUAAAUAAAUUUUAGCAACUUUAGGGUAAUGUUACACAAAGUAAUUUUUGCUUAAACUUGUAACGUGAUUUCGGAAACAGAACCAUG